UCGAUCGCAGAGCUCACAGGCAGAGCGGGUCCACACACAGUCUGUGAUCCGUUUCUCUGUGUCAGACCCAACUUCCCAGAAUAGCUACUCGGUUGUCUGCUGCUCUGCUCUGCUCUGCUCUGCUGUGGAGGAGAUGGAAGAGGAAGUCAGUGGUGGAUUUGAACAACUGUUGCUUUUUAGCUGCAGCCGCGGAACCCAACUACCAUUCUGUGCGCAAUGCGUGGCGCAUGUCGGCUUUAGAAUGAAGUGUGUUUUUAAAGCGACACAUGCCAAAAUCUGGAUCAGUGUGCAAGUUCAUGGGAUUAUAUAAACUCCUACGUGUUUAAGGGAGGUGGAGACAACUUACCACCACCCCCUCCCUCCGUCCUUGACUUAAAUUACCAACAAUUUUGCACAAGGGAGACACUUGAAGCGCUCCCGAAGCACUUGAAAUGGAGGCUUCCGAUGUCUUCUCCUCUAGUAACGGACAAUGCUCCCCCGGUAAGGAGAAUUCAAGAAUGUUGGUGGAUAAGUCAACACCUAAUGGACAGACAGUUCCUCAGGGUCUUAAUUCUCCCAGUGAACUGACAAUUAAACAAGAGGAAGACAUUGUGGAGGAGGUGGACAACAGAAGCCCAGCACUUGAAGAGACGGGCCAAACCGGAGACGAAGGACUAGCGUUGGAAGAGUCUUUCAGCGACAGCCCAAGUAACUUACAGGAAGGACUAGCCGGGCCAAAUGUGACAGCCGAUCCCGGAACUCGACAACCAAAUGGCGAAAGGCCAUUCCAGUGCAACCAGUGCGGUGUUUCAUUCACCCAGAAGGGAAACUUACUUCGACAUAUCAAGCUUCACACGGGAGAAAAACCCUUCAAAUGUCCCUUCUGUAGCUACGCUUGCCGGAGGCGCGAUGCCCUCACUGGUCAUUUGCGUACUCAUGCCGUUGGCAAACCGCACAAGUGCAACUACUGUGGAAGGAGCUACAAACAGCGUACUUCAUUGGAGGAGCACAAAGAGCGUUGCCAUAGUUACCUGCAGGGUAUUGGCCUGGGUCCGAAUGCAGACGCUGGUCCGUACACAGGUGAUGUUCCGAAAGAUCCAAGGUCCAUUGCAGAAUCUAACGCCAUGGCGACCUUUGACCGGCCACCUGUAAUUGAAAGGCUGCCCAGCAAUGUAGGCAAAAGGAAGAGCACUACUCCUCAGAAAUUUGUCGGUGAAAAGAUGGUGCGCUACGGCUUCCCUGAAUUAGGAUAUGACAUGGGUCUUAAGUAUGACAAGCAAGCUGAACUGAUGCCACCCCACAUGAUGGAACAGGCGAUCACCAAUGCAAUGACCUACCUGGGAUCGGAGCCUCUUCGGCCGUUAAUCCACCAUCCGGGUCCUCCUAUGUCUAUGGCUGAUGUGGUGCCACUAGUCAACCCCCUCUUCCACCGUGUACUACCCAUAGGCCAACGAACAGAGCGCCCAGGAAACUGUGAAACGCUGCAACCACUACCACCUCAACCCCCCGACUUCCCCAGUCAUCCCAUCUCAAACGGCCCCACCGCCUUAAGGCAAGGCAAGCAGCCCCAGCCAGGACAAGAGGAGUCCCCCAACCACAGCGGGGUCGAAUCCGCCGACUCCGCUCGCAGCAGCCCGCAAGAGAGGCCGGGAUUUCACGGGAGAGACCCUCCAUCCGGCCUCAGAUCACGAGCCAGUCCGGCGACGGUCUGUUCCGGAGAUCGAGUGGUGGAACCGUCGCCUCGAAGCGGAGCGGGAAUGGGACCUGCACUAAUGCGAGUGCCUGCGGAAAGGCCGUCGAGCCACGAAGGGGUAAGGGUGUUCGCACGUGAAGGCCACGAGGUCCGGGCCUUCCAAUGUGAGCACUGUCGAGUGCUCUUCCUGGAUCACGUCAUGUACACUAUCCAUAUGGGUUGCCAUGGCUACAGAGAUCCACUCGAAUGCAACAUUUGCGGACAUCGCAGCAAAGAUCGGUAUGAGUUCUCCUCCCACAUAGUACGUGGUGAACACACGUUCCAGUGAGAAGAUGGGAAGGUAAAAGAAAAUUUAAAAAUUGCGAACAACAAAAAGAAGGGAAAGGAACUCUAGCCUCAUAUCCGUCCUUAUCCCUUAGACCUCUAUGACUGCACAGUUGAACGGCACUGUAGACAAUUGUAGCACAAUCAUAGGCUUCUUUUUAAGCUACUUGUUGUGAAUAUCAACAGUUGAACAAUCAUAUGAAGGUAUGGGCCAAAGACACAUUUUCUAUAUAUUUAAUUAAAACUUGUUGUGGAGAAGGAAAGGAAAAGCUUUCUUUCCUUAUUAAAAAUGUUUAGUUCUUUUAACAGAGCAGCUGUCGGAUGACUUUGACUUUUUAGAAUACUUUCUCUUUUUAAAUGUCUCCUUUUUUUGUCAUGUUUUCUCACGUUUCAUCCUGGAUAACUUACAAAAAACAUGAUCAUUUAACUCCAUCCUGCUAAAGAAGGAAAAAAAAAAACUGGUGAUGGUAAUAUUUUAGUAUUUUAUCCUUCAUCCUUUUGGAUUUAAAUCACAUUUCCAUCAUAGGAAUAUUAAAACCAACAUUUAAAAACAGUCCCAAACUGUCGCGGUAUCAAAGAGGAACAAUUACUGCGACACGUUACGCUGGACACGUGGAGUUCUUUGCUAUAAGAUACUAAAACCCAAAGCUCAUUUUACUUGUUGCUUUCUCUGCGAAUCAUGGUGUGAUGCACAUAAUUAUUCAUGCUGUGAUGCUGUGUGUUCAACCUGCAAGCAAUUUGCCGUGUAAAUUGGAUUGCCAAUUGCCAGUAAUAUGGUUGACUUACUGUUAUUGAUUUACCUAAUUAUCUGACACUGCAAAGUUUUGCAACAGUUGUGCCAUCGUCUUCAGUAUUUUGUUCAUUUGUUCUG